AUGGCAAACCUUGCUCAAGAUUAUCAUCUAUCCUCACACGUAGGAUCAAGUAGUAAUAUUAAUAUUAUUCUGAUGUUGAACAUGUACCUUCUCCCGCCCGGCAAAAUAAUUACCUACCUGGUUAUAACGAACGCUAGAGAGACAACAUUAUUACUUGCAAUCCAAUCCAAUUCAAUUCAAUUCAACUCAAUUCAUCAUCAUUAUUAUUAUUACCUAGCGCAGCCUCCGAGUAUGCCGUACCCUACUCGAGGACCUAACAUUCGGACCACAGGAUCUAGCGACUCCAUCCAUACUCCGUACUCUGUUGUAGGCAGUACCGUCGAUACUUAUAAAACAGCAGUAAUAAUAGAGGGUACCGUCCACGGUACUGCGUCCGGUGCUCCGGACCGUAGAGUACCUAGUACUCCAUACUCUAUACUUCUACCAUGGAAUGAAGAUGAUACCCACCUACCUAGGUACCUACCUAAGUACCUACCUAGCUACGUAAGGACAAGGAGACUAGUCCUAUCCCGUAAUAAUAAUGUCGAUCACGGGAUGCGCUUCCAGGGGUUUAGCUCGAAGGUAACUGCGUCGAAUCCUGAUAGAUGCCAAGCUCGCCCUAGGCCAAGAAAGGAUGGUGUCCCGGCAUUUGGAGCAAAGUCAGCGCCAGAGCCUAUCAACCGUUCGAACGGGUUCAAAAAGUCACAAGUUUCAACGCACACUCCCAUCCGCGCCCCCCAUGAUCAUUGA